AUGGAAGACCCGGACAGCCAGCAACAGGCGCCUCUGAUCUCCAACCGGGACCACGGCGGCGACGACUACGAGGACGGCCUUGACGAUGUCACUAUCGGACCGGCAGCCCCGGCCGCCGUCGGCAAGGCGUCGUCCCCGGGCCUGUUCAUGUGGCUGCUGACCUUUGCCGCUGGAAUAGGCGGGCUUCUGUUUGGGUAUGACACAGGCGUGAUAUCAGCGACGCUCGUCUCGAUAGACACGUCGCUCUCCAACCGGCCGCUGACCUCGCUCGACAAGUCCAUCAUCACCUCGGCGACCGCCCUCUUCGCCCUCCUCGUCUCCCCGCUCUCGUCCGUGCUCGCCGACCGCCUGGGCCGCCGGCGCGUGAUCCUCGUGGCGGACGUCCUCUUCGUGCUGGGCUCGGCCGUCCAGGCCGGCAGCUCGAGCGUGGCGGCCAUGGUGGCCGGGCGGGCCGUCGUGGGCGCCGCGGUGGGCGCCGCCAGCUUCGUGGUGCCGCUGUACCUGGCGGAGCUGUCGCCCGCGGCGUCCAGGGGCCGCGUCGUCACCAUGAACAUUUUCUUCGUGACGUGGGGCCAGGUCGUCGCGUACAUCGUGGGGUGGGCGCUCGCCGAGUUCGGGUCGCCGGCGACGGCGUGGCGCUGGAUGGUCGGGCUCGGCGCCGCGCCCGCGCUGCUGCAGCUCGCCCUCGUCGCCGGCAUGCCCGAGACGCCCCGCUGGCUCGUCAGGGCGGGGCGGGCGGACGAGGCCCGGGCCGUGGUGCGCCGGGUCGCCGGCGGUGGGGCCGGGGCCUCUGCCGAGGCGGACGUCGUGCUCAAGGGCAUCGAGGCCGAGGUCCGCGACGAGGAGCAGGCGCACAGGGCCCGCCGCAGGGCCCCGGGUGCCGGCGCGCGCGCCGACUGGCUGGGCGGGUUUGACGAGCUGCUCUCGGUGCGGAGGAACCGCCGCGCGCUGGCCAUCGCGUGCCUGCUGCAGGGUCUCCAGCAGCUGUGCGGAUUCAACUCGCUCAUCCCCACGCUCACCGCGAUGAUCGUGGCCGUCACGAACAUGCUCUUCACGGUGGUGGCGCUGCUGGUGAUCGACAAGGUCGGCCGGAGGCGGAUCCUGCUCUGCUCGAUCCCCUUCAUGGUGGCGGGCCUGCUGCUCUCGGCGUGGGGGUUCUCGAUGAUGCAGCUGUCGACCUCUGCGUUCUCCUCGGACGGCGCAGGGCCGCCGGCGGCCAGCCACGGGGCGGCGGUGGUGGUGCUCACGUCCAUCAUGCUGUACGUGGCGGCCUACGCGAUCGGGCUGGGCAACGUCCCGUGGAUGCAGAGCGAGCUCUUCUCGCUGAGCGUGCGGUCGCUGGGCAGCGGGGCGGCCACGGCGACGUGCUGGGCCGCCAACUUUGUGGUCGGGCUGACCUUCCUGCCGCUCAUGGACGCCCUGUCGCCGACGUGGACGUUUGUUCUCUACGCCGCCGUCUGCGUGGCCGGCAACUGGGUGGUGUACCGGGUGUACCCCGAGACGAGCGGGCUCGGCCUAGAAGAUGCCGCCGCUCUCCUGGAGAGGGACGACUGGGGCGUUGGUGCCCGAUGA